UGUAUGCUUUGGCCACAAAAUAUGAGUAAAAUAUGAGUUGAUAACAUUAUUUGGGUAUGAGUUAACACAGCAUGAGCUUUUAAAAGUGAGAUUUUUCACUGGACAGUCAUUUACUUUAAACACUGUCAUUACAGCACCACUAGAGGCUGCCAACCAAUUAGCAUUCAGGGCUCAAACCACCCAGAUAAUAAUAUACAGUGCAGCACUACACAGUUGAUUACUGAUCAGAUUGACUUUGAUCAAAGAUCAAGCUUUUCCAUUAAAUAAGGCUAUCUUGUCUGAUCCCAGUCCGUCCGUCUUGCAAGUCAAACCACAUUCAGGGCCCCUUUCGCCACCAGUGACAACAUGGCAAUGCCAAUGGAACUUGAGCUGAAGCAUGUGGAGCUGAGAGCUGGAGACCAGUUCAAAGUACAGGGGAGGAUUAUGGAUGAGGCUGAGAGGUUCCAGAUCGACCUGGGCUGUGAUGAAGAUGACCUGGCACUGCACUUUAACCCACGCUUCAAUGAUGACACUGAUGGUACUGUGCUCGUGUGCAACUCAAAGAUUGCUGGCUGCUGGGGUGAUGAGAAGAGAGAGAUCCACAAUCCACUCCAAAGGGGUUCUACAUUCAAGAUUGUGCUGAAGCUGACGGGCGACAUGUUUGAAGUGGAGAUGCCUGAUGGACAGGAGAUCCAGUUCCCCAAUCGUGAAGGCCUACACGUCAUUACCUACAUUCGUAUCAAAGGAGACCUCAAACUUACUUCUUUCAAAAUCUACUAGACCCCAAUAUAUGAGGGGUGAUUUAGUUAGAUCAAUGGGUUAGGACAGGAGCAAUGACACUCAUCAAAUCAUUGUUCUAAUAUAUGUAUUAGUGAACUGUUGGGCAUAUUAAAUAUGUAUCUGGGUUGACCAAAGUCUAUCACUGUUUAUCUUUUUUCCCCAUAGUAUGGUAUAUUUGUUGCAAUAAUAUUCACACAUCUCAUGUACACUAAACUCAAGGAUAAUAUGAAGAUGAGGUUAUGGAACUAUUUGCCCUGGAAUUUUAGUUCAUAAUACCUUUCCAGAUCUUCUUGAAAUCGACAAACAAACCACUUCCAGUAUGGAAGUUCAGAGAGGUCUGGUGUGAUGCUCCAAUCAGCAAAUCUUGGGCCAUUCUUUUUUCAGUAUUCUUUCAAAAUAUAUUUAUCUUCUGAUUCAUGGGGUGGGUAAAACCGGCCAUUACUUGUUACUGUACAAAAAUCUAUCCAAAAUUCUACUGUGUCCUUGAAGUGACAUCCAUUGAUUAGUUUAGGGCGAUGAAAAGGGACAUUGUGAUCCUUCGGUUUGGAUGCCACUUGGUGUUUGUGCAGAUGGCUUUACAGAAGGGAUAUCGUACCCAGCAGCAAUCACAAAAGGGUUUGAUCAGAAUCUCAUCUGGCCUCUCCCUGAACUGCUUCAUGCUCAGGAGUGACACAUUGCUGUGGCUUCUGUUGAUCUCCAUGAUUCUGUUGGCAAGACCUUCCCUUACCUCUUCUUCGAGGAAGUCAAAGUCGGUUAUGUCACAGAAAUCCCUGAAAUGAUUCUCUGCUAAUUUCAGAUCAUCUUUUAGAGCCCUGGAAAGCUCUCUAAGCCACAUGUUGUCUCCAUUUCUGUUUUUGACUGUCUUGUUGCUGUAUGCACUGCAUGGCUCACACGCUGAUCUUUAGCUGUUAGCUCACACACAUGAAGUGAAAGAUCAACCGUAAAUUCCUUUUUGAAUGCAUAUUUUCUUAUCUUAGAUUCAAAUUCCUUUAUGCUUUCUUUGACAUGAGUUGCUAUUUCUUGCACGUAACUGUAAUUGUCAUUGAAACUUGUCUAAAUUAAGGGUGAAAAGAGCCAGUAGGCAAUACAGUGCAGUAUGCAUAUCAGCAAAAUAAAUUAUUAUGAAUUGAG